UUCCCAAUUAAAAUUAUCUUCAUUAAGUAGCUGAUUUACCAAAACAUAUGAACAUACAUAUUAACAUACUGUACAUGCUUAUCAAUGUGAAGUUUGUUGGAAGACAUUCAAGUGGAAAGGGGAAUUGAAAAAAAGACGUAAGGAUGCGAACUUGUGAUAAACUUUAUAAAUGUGAUGUUUGUGGGAAAGAAUUCAAUCACACGGGAAACUUUCAGAGACAUAUGAGAACACAUACUGGUGAUAAACCUUAUCAAUGUGAUGUCUGUGGGAGGGCAUUCAAUCAGAAAGGAACAUUACAGACACACAUGAGGACACACACUGGUGAUGCACCUUAUCAGUGUGAUGUCUGUGGGAAGGCAUUCAUUGGGACGGGGGGCUUAACGAGACACAUAAGGACACAUACUGGCGAUAAACCUUUUCAAUGUGAUGUCUGUGGGAAGGCUUUCAGUCAAACAGGACAUUUACAGACACACAAGAGGACACAUACUGGUGAUAAACUUUACAAAUGUGAUGUUUGUGGGAAAGUGUUCAGUGUACCAGGAAACUUACAAACACACAUGAUGAUACAUACUGGUGAUAAACCUUAUAAAUGUGAUGUCUGUGGGAAGGCAUUCAAUAGGACAGGAAACUUGCAUAUACACAUGAGAACACACACUGGUGAUAAACCUUAUAAAUGUGGUGUUUGUGGGAAGGCGUUCAGUCAGACAGGAAGCUUGCAUACACACAUGAGAAAACACACUGGUGAUAAAUCUUAUAAAUGUAAUGUCUGUGAGAAGAUGUAUUAUCAAAAGGGAACAUUACAGAUACACAUGAAGACACAUACUGGUGAAAACACUUAGAAAUGUGGUUUUUUGGAGAAGGCAUUUAAGUCAUGCAGAAGCAUUAGUGAGACACAUGCGCAUCUGGUGUAUCAAAAUUGGUACUGUACAAGUUUUACAUUACGACACCUAGGCCGAG